GUGAUGGUCAACCCGGAUAUGAUCCGGGUUGUGCGAGUCACUCGAGUCACUUGAGUCACUUGGUCAAAAUCUCCCAAUUCCAAUCGCUAAGUCAUACUAAUGCCAACCAAGCAACUCGGAUCACGCGUGCAGCAACGAGUUUAUGACUCCUCUGCUCACAAAAAAGGGCUUAUGUGACCUGAGGAACUCGUAAAAAACAUGCAUGCUCGUGGUAACAUUAUCAAUAACAUAAUUGUAAAAGUUUGGUGUGUUUAGUUUCAUUUCAUAACGACAAGUAUAUCAACACCACAUUUAGAAGAUGUCAGGCUUGGUUGACUUGGACGUGAGAGGAACGUGUCCUGUUUCAGAUUGACUUAAAAGAUCCACGAUAGGCUUUGGUUAAUCUUGUGAGUGAGUCCCAGACAGAGCCGCUCGCCCGCUCCUGCACGGGUCCUGUGAGUGAACCACUCGCGUCACUCUGAGUGACUCAGUCAACAAGAGGAGCCGUGUACGUCCGUCGGUGGCGGAUCUUUCCAGCAGCACUGCUGCAGCAGUCCUCGUAUUUAAAAAUGUUAAACAUUUGCAGCUUCUACCCAAAACAUUGUGCCUGUCAAAUAUUUCAACAGAUUAGCCUACAUGAGUCAGUGGGUUAACAACACGAGCAAGGCUUGUUUCUCCUAGCCCAGGAUUCAAGCUCCAUGAGUUGAGUCACUCUCUGUGUGAAUCCCCGAGCCGCCGACCAACUCAUUGUCGCGCGCACGCAUCCCUUUGUACUCGGACUCGGAGCUGCAAGAAAUAAUGAUCCGGAAUAGCAGCUUUUGGUUCACUCGGUACCCCCAGUCGACAUUUGGUGAUGUAAAUUAACUCGUUGUUGCAAGUUAUAGAACCUAUGGCAGCUUUUGUAGAGUUAUUUGUUGUAAUUCUGUUGUAAACAUUUGAAGAGCUUUGUGUUUGAUACAAUUUCUCAUUUUUAAUGCAAAAUCUGAGAGGACUCAACGGACUCGGGUUAAUGGUCACUAAGGACUCAUGGUUCUCGAGUCAUUUUAGGGAUCGGGUUAAAUGAUCCGAGUUUCGGGUGACUCGCUCAUCACUACAAUCUAGAGUUCGUCCUCUUUCCUGCAAUAACACUAGAGAGGAGAGGCACAACUAAAUGAGUGUAGCAGAUAACAGUGCCUGUCUGUUUGUGUGUUUUACCACACAGGUAUGUAAAUUAGUAUUCAUGAAACACUGAUGCUAUUAUUUUAAUUUUUAGUUAUUUUUAUAUAAUGUGUGUUGUAAAAUGUGUUUGUAUUGCUGUCCUCUUUCCUGCAAUAACACUAGAGAGGAGAGGCACAACUAAAUGAGUGUAGCAGAUAACAGUGCCUGUCUGUUUGUGUGUUUUACCACACAGGCACAGAAAAUAUAUCAAUCAGCCAAACCAGCUUUGUGUGGAAAAUCCUUUUAUUUUACCAUCAAAAAUUAACACAACGCAGAGGAACAGCCACUACAAAACUGGUGCCGUGACCCGUCGACUGGUUGAUCGCUGUUGACCGCCGGGUUUGUUGACGUGGAGUGUGAUAGCUGGUGGGGAGCUGGAGGCGAGACGGAUCUUCUGUCAUCUGUUACCGUUUCUUCGAGAUGUGCUGAUAUAUGAUGGAUUGAGCUGUGCCUGGAAGGAGCCUGCUGAUGGUUUGUGUUGCAGAUUUUAAACGUUAAAGGUGCAGGUGGACAAAGUAUAGACUGUUGGACUGGUGAGUGGUGACUGAGCUAGUUCGAGUGAGCAGCGGGUCGGAUCGUCGAGGAGAGUCACCAUCUAACUGUUUUGACUGUACUAUGUGUUGAAGGUACUUUACUUCAUCAUUUUUUUUUGAGGACUAAGUAAAAGAUAAAGUAUAAAGUGAACUGCAUUUUAUAUGAGGUUUAAGGACAUUUGAUUUUUUUUUCCAUAUUCACAAUUUUUUUUAUUCCAUUGUGGGUCAAUUUUUUUUCUCCAAAUAUCAAGUUUUGUUAAUAUUUUUGUAUUUUGAGAGUAUUGAGGUGCCUGAACAGAAUGGCUUCCAAACGAAGUGAUUUGGGGUGGGACAAUACAUUUACAGCUGGUAGAGGGCAGGGCAGUCUUGUGAAUACGCCUGACAAAACAAGGCUGUUUGGAGAUCCUGAGUACUGUAGUACAGGACGGGGAAGGACGAUCAAUGUUUCCGCCAAUGAGAGAGUUGAAAUGUGUGGUAGUCCGGGCGCUGCAGCAAGUAACUAUGAGUUCAGCCCUCGGGAGUCAGAAAUGUCUGGACAAAUGAGUAACCUCAUAAAACAAAUUGGUUUUGAGAUUGGACAAUCAAUUAGAGAAAGUUUGAUGAGGCCUGAAUUUUAUAAUCAUACAUCUGCUAGGACGUUUCAUGAAGGUGUCAGUGCGCAUGUGACUGACACAUCAAAUACUACGGUAAUUGAUGCGUCAAAAAUUAACUUGAUCUUGAAAGCUGAGGUGUCCGCACCACCACACUUUAGAGGAGAUAGUUCAGACAAAUACUCGCUCAUGGAAUGGGAAGACAUGAUGAGGGUGUAUUUGAACAUACUUAAUGUUACAGAUUCUGAACUUGUUGAUGAGAUAAUGAACAGAGUUAUGGGGCGGGCCAGAGAUGUAAUGAGAGUAUGGCUGCGUAAUGGUUCAACAACUCCCACUGUUGACUCUGUAUUUUCUGUUUUGAAGCAGCACUUUGGGGACCAGAGCAGUUCUGGUAUUCCGUUGGCUGACUUCUAUUCUGUGAGACCAUAUCACGGGGAGAGUGCUUGGGACUUUUGGAUAAGACUUAACAAGGCAGCAGAUGUAGCUGAGCAAAGUUUAAAAUGGGAAGGCAGAACUCUGGAUAACAGAAGCAAAGAGGUAGCAGUUAUGUUCAUUCGUAACUGCCCUGACAAAGAGUUAGCUUUUGUUUUUAAAAGUAAGCCUGUACAGUCGUGGAACGCAUCUGAGGUGCAAGAGCAGCUUGAUUAGUUGUUAAGAGAGCGGAAGUUGACGACUCACGCUGUCAAACAAUUCACCACAGUUGUCUCAGAGCCAGAUGUUGACGUCUCUGUCUCGUGUUCUAAGCCUGAACAGGGUGUGGGCGUAACUGGUGAGAACGCAUUGGAUAAAGUUCUGUCUUUGCUUGAAAAAGCGCUGGUGUGCAAUAAUCAGUCUGCGCGGGGCCCCUGGCCUAAACAAACUGGCAAUAAGUUUCGAAAAUGCAGAGUGUGUCAGAGCAGUGAACACAGCACGACUGCUCAUUGUAAAAUGUAUAAUUUGUGUUUCAAGUGUUUCGCAGCUGGACACACGAGCUACAACUGCGAAAGUCAAAGAGUAACAUCCAGGGUGGGUUCCGGUCAGCAUGACAAUGUCAUGCCUCAGGGAAACUAGACAGCUCCCUUCGGACAGAGGACGAGGUGGGGCUGUGUAGUAAUUCCUCUGAGAAUGAUUUUGAGUCUGUUUAUUCAUUCUUCUGUGAGAGUAUUGGCAAAACAAAAACAGUAAUUUUUCAGAACAGCAUGCAAGUUGAACAAAGUAACAGUUUAUUUUAUGCAAGUGUGUUACUACAGAACAAAGUUGAGCUUCAGGGGAUGUUAGACAGUGGCUCCAUGGCGACCACUUUGAGUGCGGGAGUACUUCCUCAACUUCGAGAUGCUGGGGUGCUGGACCAGGAUAUCCUGUGCUCUUCCGAUAUUGUCUUGGUGGGUUGUGGUGGCAAACAAACAACUCCAGAUGGUGUGUGUAAUCUGAAGCUUGAAGUGUAUGGGGUCAGUUUCAUUGUCCCGGUUCUGAUUGUGAGUGGUCAAAAGGACCCAAUCAUACUUGGCACAAAUGUAUUGAAACCUCUAAUAAGUCAGAUGAAGCAUACAGACCAAUUUUGGAAGGUGGUGAUGAAACCUGACUCUACUGUGCAAUCUGAUAAUGCCCAAUUUUUGCGCAUGCUUUCAGGUAUAGAGAGAUGGAGGGGUGAUUUGAUUCCGGACAAGGUGGGUACUCUGAGACUGAGGUCAUCUGUGACACUCCAGCCGAGGAGCGAACAUCUUGUUUGGGGUCGUUUGCCUCCAGGGUCCGUACUGUCAGUAGGGAGCACGGUAGUCAUCGAACCAAGUACUUCACGUUGCGUACAUCGGAAUGUGCUGAUUGGGAGGGUUGUUUCACCUUUGUGGGGCGAUCGCUGGCUGCCAGUAAAGAUGAUCAACCCGACCAACGCUGAAAUUGUGUUGAGGAAAAACGCGAAGGUGGCUGAUGUAUAUCCUUGCGUCGCUUUAGAGGACCUUAAUCAAACCACUGAGAGAGUGGUUAUUCAAAAUGCAGAUGUAGUACAUUCUGACAGGUCAUGUGGCAGUCUUACGGUGGGUGGCUCUAUAUCUGGAGCAAGUUUGAUAGGCAACAGUAGGUUGGAUGUCCUGGGGCUGAGCAACCUGAAUGUCAGUGAUUGUGAAGUGUCUCCCUUUUGGAAGAACAAAUUAGUAGAUCUCAUUGAGAAGUAUGAGUGUGUGUUUUCCAGGCACAGUUUGGACUGCGGUGAGGCGAAAGGUUUUUGUCAUCGUAUCAGAGUUACAGAUGAUAGGCCCUUUCGUCUUCCAUACCGGCGUCUUUCUCCCGCUCAUUACUUAAAGUUAAAAGAGACUUUAGAUGAAAUGGAGAAUAAGGAGAUCAUUAGGAAGUCGAGCAGUGAGUAUGCGUCACCAUUGGUCUUAGUGUGGAAGAAAAAUGGUGACUUAAGGAUAUGCACUGAUUUCCGAUGGUUGAACGCACGCACAGUGAAGGAUGCUCAUCCCCUUCCUCACCAAGCGGAUGUUCUUGCAGCGCUAGGUGGGAACGCAUACUUUAGUACUAUGGAUCUGACUUCUGGCUACUAUAACAUCCCGUUACAUGAAGAUGACAAGAAGUUCACGGCAUUCUGUUCACCAAUGGGGCUUCAUGAAUAUAACCGUUUACCUCAGGGCCUCUGCAACAGCCCAGCAACAUUUAUGAGAAUGAUGUUGACUGUGUUUGGUGACCAGAACUUUUUGAGCAUUCUUUGUUAUUUGGACGAUUUGUUAGUUUUUGGAAAGACAGAACAGGAGAGCUUGGACAGGCUUGAGAUGGUGUUUCGCCGACUUCAAGACCACAAUUUGAAAUUGGCGCCUUCAAAAUGUAGGUUUUUGAGGAAGUCUGUGAAAUUCUUGGGUCAUAUUGUGUCUGAAGAGGGGGUGGCCAGUGAUCCAUCAAAAAUUUACAUGAAAUGACAUCCCUACCCAAACCCAACUCUAACCCCAACACCAGGGGACAAUUGUUUAAAGUUUAGAAAAUAUAAAAGAAUAAAUCAGAAAAAAUAGUAUAAACCAAUAGUUAAAGUGACAUACUAACGCAAACACCAAAUCUAACCCUAAACAGAAGCGAAAAUGGUUUGAAAAUAGGAAAAAGCAGUUGAGUAACCAAUCCGUGAGAAUGCCACGGAAAACGACAGUCCGUAGCAGGGCCACGGAAAAAUGCGGAGAUCCGUGAGAAUGCCACGGAAAAAUGAGCACAAAAUUCCGUGACUAUCCCACGGAACUUUGUGAGAUCAUGUUGAUUAGAAGUAUGUCGUAUGUGCAGCAUUUAGAGAGUCUGACGGACGUAGAGCAAAGUGAGCUCCGUAGUCUGACUCUUGAGGAAUUGUUGGAAAAACAGAGUCAGGAUCCUGCGAUUGACAGAGUUAAGUUCUUUGUUGAAAGAGGAAGACGUCCUUCUCGCAGAGAAAAAGUGUUUGAGUCUAAAAGAACUGUGAAGAUUCUACGUCAAUGGGGUAAACUUACCUUAAAGUUGGGUGUAUUGUACAGGGUGUCUAAGAACCCAGUGUCUAAGAAAAAAACUUACCAGUUUGUGGUGCCAACAGCUCUUCGUGGUACAGUUCUGAAGGGGGUACAUGAUAAUGCUGGCCAUCAGGGUCAGCAUCGCACACUGUGGUUGGCUAGGCAGCGGUUCUUCUGGGAGUCUAUGGAAGAGGACAUAAAGACAUACAUUAAUGAGUGUAAGAGGUGUAUUUUGAGUAAGAGGCCCGAGCCAGAGGCAAGGGCUCCACUUGUAUCAAUACACACAAGUGCCCCCCUUGAAAUGGUUUGUAUUGACUUUUGGUCAGCAGAGGAUUCUAACAACAAGACGGUUGAUGUGUUGGUGGUCACUGACCAUUUCACUAAGCUUGCUUGUGCUUAUGUUUGCCCAAACCAGACUGCGGAAGCUGUUGCACGUGUCUUGUGGAACAAAUUUUUCUGUAUUUAUGGGUUUCCUCAGCGAAUACACUCUGACAGGGGUGCAUGAAUAAAGGUGAACGGGGAAAAAAGAAGUUAGCAGACCGAUGGGAAAAGGUUGUGUAUGUUGUUGUGGGAAAAAGGGGUGCACUGAACACUUACCAGAUAAGAAAUCCUGGGACUGGUCGUAUCAAGACGGUACAUCGCAAUCUAUUGAUGCCUGUCAAUUUCCUGCCAGUGCCGGCUUGGAAGGAAGGCAGUAUUGAUGAUGUCGAGGAUUCCACUGUCCGUGUAUCAUGUGAUGAUGAUCAAACUCAGAGUGAUGAUCGAACUUCUCGCUGGGUUGCAGAUCUUAAUGUUUCCACAGAUAGGACACAAGUAGAGUCUGUAGAGUACCCUAUUGCUGAUCAGGGUGAUGCUAUUGGAGAUACAGCUGUGAAUUGUGACUCUGAAAUGACUGGGGCACGUGUGACUAAGGCAAAUUCAGACACCUUGCCUGACCCCUCUUUAUCUGUACCUUCAUUGGUGUUUGAUGAUUCUUCUGUAUUAGCGGGAUUAAGUGAUGUCAGUGCUUCUAAAGUUGAUAUAUAUAUAAGGCGCAGGUGCACAAUACCAAAUUAGCUUUUUGCUUCGAAGCCGGCAGACAUCUGCUCUCGAGAAGCGUAUACUGAUCUUCGUAGAUCCCUGUUCUUGGAGGAAAAAGAUCUCAGCUUGCUGAAGUUGGUUGGGCAAAGACACCUCAGCGGAGGCUCGCAGUGUUUUCUCCACCCUUUCUCUCUCUCUGUCUCUUUUUUUAGGACUUGAGUUGAGUGAGUGCGUUUGCCUCUCCCUGUGUGUUUCACCAGCUCGCACAAAAAGAGUGAUUUCCCUAAAAGAGCAGCACGUUUGAGCUUUGUGUCUUUUUAAAGACAGUCACUCAUUCGUGUCACGGU